UUCGCACCCAUCUCAUCAAGUGGCCAUCAGAAACCUUUUGGUUUCAUCUGGCUUUCUUCGGAUAUAUCAAAAUUUCUUCAAAACGCGAAAGCGAACUCACAACAACAACGCGUGUAGAGGCUUGAUGCACGUGUCCUGCCCUACAUCGCCCACCGCCUUCCAUGGCACGCAUCACGGGAUCCCGCAUGACGCGAAGUCGGAGCCGAGAAGUAAAUGCACGGUAUAUGCCAAAUAAGGCAUCCUCGGAGCGAAAUUGGCUGAGUGAGCUGACUGAAGAGCCUUCAACUCCUUCUCCCGGUUUUAUUGUUCCCAGAAAUGUGAUACCAGAGUCGCCUGAAAACCAUGAAGGUCAUACCAAUGUCUCUGGUACAACCCUGGCUCACAACGAUGCGGAGCCGGUCGAUUCUCAAGUCGCCGAUAAAAUCGCGACCCAUCUGCCGUUCGUUCAGCAACAGGCGACCCUUGUCAUGAGUCUCUUGGUUCGCGCAGACUUGAACCCAGACAGCCUUGCAGCCGAGUGCAAAAAGCUCGUCGAUUCUAAUCACCCCAACCGCAAACGCUUGAGACGAUCCGUGGAAGGGCUGACUGAUGAACUGGAAGACUCUCCUCUUUCUCGUGAUGGCAAAUCAUUCUUGGAUAUCUCUCAGGCUCGUCGUUUGCUUUCUUCCACGCAACUGGAUGCGUCAAUCGCAGAUAUUUACAUGACAAACUGCGCUCUGUUGACCCUCAACAUGUUCCUCCCCAGCAUCGGCACUGAGUCCCAGUCGGAGGUAAUCCAACAGUUGGAUUACCAGUUUCCUGCAUGUGUCAUGAGCAACCUUGCGGACAGUUCUAUGUCAAGGAAGGUUGGGGCGAGUAAUACUUCCGAGACCACCUUCAAUCUUGCAUUGGGUAUCCGCACCCAGUUCUUUAUCAUGGAGUUGGAAAGACGCCAACAUGAGCAUGACUUCAACCCACUCUCCAUCUUGAGACAGAUAUUUGCUAUGGACCUCAUGUCCAGCGAGGAUGAUUCGCAGAAUAUCCCCAGUUCCUUCCGAGGGUUCAACCUACCGGACGUUUUGCAGGACGAGGAUGGCCAUCUUCCCGAACACCUUCCUGAGAAGUUUCUCGUCGCCAUCAGCGAUAGGUUCAAUGAGCUUCAUGAGGAACUUUCUGAGUGGGAUUCUGUUGAUAUCGAUGGUUUGAAAAAAGCAUACCGGUGGCGAUCGUUUGAACGGGACCUUGCACGUUGGAUUUACGCUCGUGACAGAGAAAUCAAGGAUGACAUCAGACGAUUGUCAGAAAAAGUGUAUAGCUCACCCGCAACCCGUCGUCUUACUUCUGUCCCGGCUGGAACUCCCAGUCGGCGUCAAACAUCGACGGUGCCUCCAGGUGGUGACAUCUCUCGUCCGGAACCCAUCCCGACUCAAUCCCCUCAGAAAGAACGAUCAGUGAACAUGGCACCGGAUGCAGAUAGGACGCCCCAAGCAGAGAUGCCAUCCCAUGUACAACGGGCACCGCAGACAAAACAGGCAGAACAGGCAGAACGGGCGGACAAAAUACCUGAAACUAACCCUUAUCGGUCAGGCACAACUCAAAAUGUUCCUGAACCAAGUGUCUCCGACCGAGCCGCACAGCUGGUAGCAAAAGAUCCGGGUCGGCGCAAGUCCAAAAGCAACUACCGAGACCCGGCUUCAUUCGCGGCACUCAUGAGGCGCCAGGCUACUAGUCAUCAACAACCUGUCUCGAACGUCGAAUCGCGAGCGCAAAAUAUUUCAAGGAACACAAGCAUUGUGGCCCAACCGAUUAAUACUGGCCCUUCGGCUAGUCGCGGAGCCGCCGAGUCCUUUGAAAUUCAACAAUCCCCUGAGCUGAGAUACACAGACAUCGGGGAUGACUCUACAUACGUAAACAAUGACGAGGAAUUGGAUCUCGGCCAGGGCCCAGAACCUGAUGUUAUGACAUCGACCAGUCCCCCCAAGUCCGCUAGAAUUAGUCGAGUCAGCCACAAUCCCAACCCUCGGUUCUUUGAUUCGCCCAGAGAUGAAAACACACAGCGAUCGGUUCCGGUCGCUCGGCGCUUCCUCGAUAAGCAGAGUAACGCCGCAGUUGUGUCUCCAAUCAGCCAAUAUGAUACUCAAAGUGCAACUGUGCUGGGGAAGCGAAAUCGCAAUGCCGAUGUCCUGGAUGAUGACUCAAGUGACGGGUCAGACAUUGGAUUCGAGGAGAACAAUCAGAACAUCGAUCCCAGACGUAGGGUCGAAAAGCCUCAGCAAAAUUUCCCUGCCGCGAAGCGACAGCGCCCCGAGGACAAUGCGCUGUCUGCCGGAGAACAGUUGCAAUCGCAUAUCAAUAAAUCUUUCCACCACAACCAGUUUCACCCAACGCAAGGCUCUCAAAGAGCCCAGAUAUCCGAUAAUGACGAUGUCACUGAUGAAGAAACCACCGCUGAACAGCUCGAACCACCCUCUAGCGCCCAGAGUCGCUGGGAAGCCUCCAACUCCCAGGCUGCAAUGCUACAUCGCAGAGCCCCGAAGACCAGCCACAGGUGGACAGAGGAGGAAGAUGAACGUCUGAUCUACCUCAUGGGAACUUAUGGCACUGCCUUUGCCGCCAUAAAGAAGCAGGACAACGCUUGUCCGCCCUCUGAAGGUGGUCCCAUGCUUGAGCGUCGUUCUCAGGUUAAUUGUAAAGAUCGUGCUCGCAAUUUGAAGAGGAAAUAUCUCAGAGAGGGCCGACCACUUCCACCGGGCUUGGAGAAGGCAUCAGGUUGAUUUGACGCAUUGAUUAUCUACAGACAGUGGCGGUUUGCUCUUGCGUUUCUAGCGUUCGUCGAGAUACCCAAAGAGCACAUGAGAUGGCGUUUUGGACAUUCAUUUCUUGGUUU